UAAAACCCCAAACCAAGCCAAACCAAACCAAGCCAAAACCCUUCUGCAAAAAAUGCAGAAAGCUAUGGCGUUAGGAACGUCAAGAACACUCCUUUCUAUGUCUCUUCUCUCCUCAACCAAAUUUAAUCGCUCCCCAUUUCUCAAAUUUCCCAAAAAAUCCAUUACGGUUUUGUCAGGGUUCAGGCCUCUAUGCUCCUCCACAACACCAACAAUAUCAAUUGACCAACCUGAGCAGCUUAAGCACUCUAUGCUUCUUGAAAGACUCAGGCUCAGGCAUCUUAAGGACGCAAAUAAACCAACCCCACAACCCAAAACUCAGGAACAAGCUGUGAGUUUUGGGGAAAAAGAGGGUAAAGGUGGAGACUUUGAUCAUAAGAAGAAGAAGAGGGUGGUGAGUGUGGGAAGUUUUGAGGAGUUGGGAUUGAGUGAGGAGGUUAUGGGAGCUGUUAGAGAGAUGGGUAUUGAAGUUCCUACUGAGAUUCAGUGUAUUGGGAUCCCUGCUGUUUUGGAUGAGAAAAGUGUGGUCUUGGGUUCACAUACUGGCUCUGGAAAGACCCUAGCUUAUUUGUUGCCUCUUGUUCAGUUGCUGAGACGGGAUGAGGCAGAGUUGGGUAGGCUAAUGAAGCCCAGACGUCCACGAGCUGUUGUGCUAUGUCCCACAAGGGAGCUAUCUGAGCAGGUUUUUCGUGUAUCAAAGUCCAUUAGUCAUCAUGCACGAUUCAGAUCUACCAUGGUCAGUGGUGGUGGUCGGUUGAGACCCCAAGAGGAUUCGUUGAAUAACCCAAUUGACAUGGUAGUUGGGACCCCAGGUAGAAUUCUUCAACAUAUUGAGGACGGGAACAUUGUUUAUGGUGACAUCAAAUAUGUGGUGUUGGAUGAGGCGGACACCAUGUUUGAUCGUGGUUUUGGUCCUGAAAUUCGCAAGUUUCUUGCCCCACUUAAACAUCGUGCAACAAAGCCUAAUGGCCAAGGGUUUCAAACUAUACUGGUCACCGCAACAAUGACAAAGGCGGUGCAGAAGCUGAUUGAUGAGGAGUUUCAAGGAAUAAUGCAUUUACGAACAUCAACAUUGCAUAAAAAGAUUGCAUCUGCUCGACAUGAUUUCAUCAAACUUUCAGGAUCUGAAAAUAAGCUGGAAGCAUUGCUACAGGUUCUUGAGCCAAGCUUGGCUAAGGGAAACAAGGUGAUGGUAUUCUGUAACACAUUAAACUCUAGUCGUGCUGUUGAUCACUUCCUUAAUGAGAAUCAGAUUUCGACUGUCAAUUACCAUGGUGAGGUGCCGGCAGAACAAAGGGUUGAAAAUCUCAACAAAUUCAAGAAUGAUGAUGGAGACAGCCCCACAUUGGUCUGCACGGACUUGGCUGCUAGGGGACUGGACUUGGAUGUAGAUCAUGUUAUCAUGUUUGAUUUCCCACUGAACUCUAUCGACUACCUGCAUCGUACUGGAAGAACUGCUCGUAUGGGUGCAAAAGGGAAAGUGACAAGCUUGGUGGCCAAAAAGGACAUGUUGCUGGCUGAGCGUAUUGAGGAAGCAAUUAGGAAGAAUGAGAGCUUGGAAUCUCUCACUAGUGAUAAUGUCCGAAGGGACGCUGCCAGGGAUAAAAUAACACAGCAGAGGGCGAAGAUUGUUAAAUUGGUUAAAGUGUCAAGUCAAAAAAACAAGACUAAAGCUGCAUCGGAGAAAUCCUCUAGUGUCCACACCAAGGUUGCAUCUACCCAUACCUCAACAAGAAAAUCCUCAACCACAAAGUCUGGAAAAACAUCUGCACCUGCAAAAUCUUCAAAACCAACAUUUAAGGUAUCAAAGUUGAAGUCCUCCAACGCAAGUAGCUCCAAAAAAGCCUUGUCAGGUGGGAGGAAGCAAACAGAGAGCAGAAAGCCAGGUGCAGGGAAAUCUAGAGCUUCAAAACUACCCAGCGCAGGGAAAUCUAGAGCUUCAAAACUAAGUGUUGUUGGGUUUAGGGGACGGGCUUCUUAUUCUGACAAGAAAGGAUCAAUGAGGCCUAGUUAAUGGUAAAAUUAUAGAUAAAAUAUGCAUUAAUUUAUUUUCUAUCUUUUCCUCAUUUGUAUGUUUCUUGACUGAAAUUUUUUUAUAGUUUAUGUAGUAAUAUUUGUAAUUUUGUAUCUUUACUAUUAUUAUGAUAAUCAAAUGGUAAUCUUUUGUCUAGAUUGAUUUUCCCUCGGUGGUUUUUUGAAUUAUGUGAUCUUCGACAUGACCUUAUGUGUAAAAAUUCUUUUUGAAGAGUUAUGAGUAAUGAAUGAUGUUGGUUUGUUGUGUUGACAAAUGCAUACAAGGUAUCAACAUUCAUUAUGACAGAAAGAUCAGAGUACACUAGAACCUUACAAGGUUCUUACAAUGGAAAACAACUCUACUGUAUUCUGAAGAGUUUCAGUGUCAGUCUCAUUACUUCCAUGUGAGUAGUGGCCGAGGAGUUUUCUGAGGAGUAACAACAUUUCCUUCAGAAUCAUAUAUGAUGACACCAGAAAAAUCGGGCAACUGGCACUUCCCUCCCAUGAGAUCAUCAUCAAGAAAAUCGUAGCAGGCAGCCCUCCAGUGAUGGCGCCAUUUGCGCGAAUGAGAAGCACACAUGAACAGUGCAAAAGCACACAAGAGAAGGGAUGCUGCAGCAAGCCCUGCUUGAGAUGUG